AUGCCUCACUUUGAACCAAGACCUACGAACCCAGCUCCCUCGUCAGACUAUUCUGAGUGUGUGUCAGAUUUGUCAGAUAGCCCACCCGAAGAAACGAAACCUUCAUUGGAGCAUGAGAAGAGCUUCUCAGAUUCUCCCAUGUCAUUUCACUUUCCACGCCGUCAAGCCCUAGGGAGUGCUCCUAGUUCCUCUCAUGGAGAAGAUGAGAUCCCGCCCUUGAUCCCCCCCAAGUCACGGGGGCGUCCUCGUGCGUAUAGCUCACCAGAUGUGGAAAAGGUCAAGGAACGAGUCGCGAGUGCUAUGCUAGAGGUUGAAAAGCUCCAGAAGCAAAUUGACGAUGUCAUUGAGAGACAGAGUCUUUAUGUUCCCAGUCGACCACCAACUCCCUACUCGAUCGCCCGGGCCGUGCCCGGUAUGAGCUCGAUCUAUGGGCCUGGGGACGAACCGCUCCCGCUGACUUCUUCAGACCUGGAACCCAUGCCGUCAAUUCCGGCUCUGCCCCCAGCUGCUCCUUCUUUUGCCCAGAGACUUAACUCCGAUAUCAUUGAAAGGCCACACACAGCACCCAUCAGGUCUCCUCGUACGCCUGUGAGAACUCCCAUCACACCACCUCGCAGAUCCCGAACUCCUGGAGAAAAAAGGUCACCUUCUACCCCUCCUUCUCGCCCAAGGCGAGGUGAUAUGCCCCCACCGCCACCUCUACCUUUAGUACUUCGACCUCCUCUGAGGAAGAAGAAGUCUUUUUCCCGGGUGUCGAGCUGGCUCUUCCCCGGGUCGCAGCACAACCGUAACAUGAGUUUCGACUCCGUCACCAACGCUCCUCGUCCUAUCAGGGGCUGCCAAGGAUUUUACCAAGUUUCGCUGGGCGGAGCAUCAGAACAUCGGCGGAGCACAGAGUCAAUCGAUACCGCCAGUACUUGGGAAUCGGAUGACGAGAAUCGUACUGUCCCGACAACAUGCUCUGUGGGUAGCACAGCUGCUGUGUCACAGGAUGAGCCCCUCAUCCCACGGUUCGCCACUUCAACGUUUGGUAGAAAUGAUAUCCGACCUCAAAGGAGGAGUGUCGGUGUUGCAAUGUGA